GGGCUCUUUCCACUUCUGUAAUCUUCUUUUACAUCAUCGCACGAUCAAAAUCCAGAGUUGAGAAACCCUAAUUUGAUUCAUUUCCCCCAAAUUAGAAUCCUUCUCUCCCUCUGAUCUCAUCAAUUGAUUUCAAUUUCACACCUCUCUCUGUAAAUUAGGGUUCAAUAACGUUUGAUCAAAUGACGCAAGGCGAAGUACAGUUGCAGCCACCGGAUUCACAAAAGCUAAGCGAUUCCGCUCCCUUGCUAGGAGCCUCUCCAUCGUCUUCUUCCUCCGCCGCGGCGGAAAGCUCCGAUCAUGAUCAUGAGAUAAACGCCGAAGAAGAAGAAGAUGAUCUAGAGAGCGGCGGCUCCGCUUCGGCUCCUUGCUGUCGUAUCUGUCUCGAGAGCGAUUCCGAUUUGCUAGGCGACGAAUUGAUAUCGCCGUGUAUGUGCAAAGGCACUCAGCAGUUCGUGCAUCGCUCGUGCCUCGAUCAUUGGCGAUCGGUUAAGGAAGGGUUCGCCUUUUCUCAUUGCACUACCUGCAAAGCUCAGUUUCAUCUCCGUGUUGAGCCUUUUGAGGAUAAUAACACGUGGCGGAGGAAAGCUAAGUUUAGGCUCUUUGUCGCUAGGGAUGUGCUUUUGGUGUUCGUAGCUGUGCAGACUGUUAUUGCCGUGAUGGCUGGAUUUGCAUACGUAAUGGAUAAAGACGGAGAGUUUCGCAACUCUUUCAACGAUGAUUGGGAUCGUAUUCUGUCAAAACAUCCCAUCCCGUUCUACUACUGCAUCGGUGUUGUAACCUUCUUUGUACUGAUUGGCUUUCUCGGACUCAUUCUACACUGCUCUUCUCUCAACGGUAAUGACCCGAGGAUGGACGGGUGUCAGAACUGCUGUUACGGAUGGGGGAUCUUGGACUGUUUCCCUGCAUCGAUGGAAGCUUGUUUCGCUCUUGUUAUUGUAUUUGUUGUCGUCUUCGCCAUUCUUGGUUUAGCGUAUGGCUUUCUUGCGGCGACUAUGGCUAUUCAGAGGAUAUGGCAGAGGCAUUACCAUAUCCUCACUAAGAGAGAGCUCACGAAGGAGUACAUUGUGGAGGAUCUUCACGGGUGUUACACUCCCCCGAAGCUGGAUGCGGAGCAUGAAGCAAGGCUGAAGAUGCUGAAACUUAUGUGACCGUUCUUUAAUUGCAAAUAAAAGGUUAUGUGGAGUUUCUGGCACAAGAACAUCUUUGUUCUAUUUAUAAGUACCUAAUGAAUACAUUGUCCUUUUUAUAGAUAUGAGAUAAAGAAACACUACUGUUUUAGUAGUGAAUACUAAAUAGAGAAAAAGAC